AUGUCGUUGCGUCCUCUCGGAUAUCAAUGCAAACUCCCCUAUGCGCAAUUAUUCCGCAAUGGACUGCAAACAAAACAAAAUAUCACACAACACCUGAGAUCCUUUUCUCAAUUACGCGACACCCAUUGCGCACGUCGCUGGUCCGCGACAUUUCCACACCAUGCCAACAAAGCUUUUUCGCUACGGAGCUUGCUCGGUGAUCUUUUGAGACCUGCACACACUAUUCGGGGCCAGGGCAAGGGAUUGUGGGCUCAACAAUCUCGCUAUGAGAGCUCUGCGGCCAAAGAACCAGAACUCUGCGCACACUGCGGUGGAAAAACCAUCCCCAAGGCUAGAAAACAUGUCGAGCCUGGCAACCCCUCCAGCGGCUGGUAUUGCAAACCCUGUGUUCGGAACAUCCGUGCCCAUGGCCAUCUGCCAAAUGAGGAGCAGCUUGCAGGCAUCCAUCGGCGGAGGUUGAUCAGGGCGAGUGGAGAGGCAAGCAAAACAAGCCCAUGCGGGCACUGCGGCCAGAUGACAGCUCCGAGAAGCAGCCGUAAAUUCAUUGAUGCGAACAACCCUUCUGCUGGGUUUCACUGUCGGACAUGCGUUCGGCAUGUCAAUCAUCACGGUACCCUCCCAACCGACUUAGAUCUCGCAGCGUUCCAGUACCGCAAACAGAUGCGGAGUAGGCGUCCUCCUACUGUUGCCUCAAAAAAUAACAAGUCAGUUACUUCGACCGGAGAAUCAGCAGUGGCCCGCAAACAUUCCAAGUCUCCCAAACAGAUGAAACAGAGCCGCGGCGAAUACCCUUGCAUGCACUGUGGUGACAAAACCAUCUCUAGCAGCAAACGAAGGCUCGUUGAGCCCCAGAAUCCCGCGGCAGGUUACUACUGCCAGCCAUGUACACGAUCUCUACUUGAAACGGAUGCCUUGCCAAGCACCGUCAAAAUUGCAGCGCUCAGGAAACUCAGAGCGACCCGUAUGCAAAGCAACCCACGAGUUAUGAAAAGCCCUUGUGUCCACUGCGGUGAGAUCACCGCCCCCAGCAGCAAGCGCCGGCUAGUUGAAGCGAAGAACGCUCAAUCCGGGUAUUACUGCCGCGCCUGUGCGGACUGUUUAAUAGAAACCAAUUCCCUGCCUAGCGACAUACGCCUUGCAGUUCGCAGAGCGCGAGAGCAGGUCAGGCUGAAAAACUUGCAAGCCAGUCUAUCUAAAGAAUCGCAGUCCCCGGUAUCUCCGCAGGACGGAGAAGCUACGCCAACGGAUAUUCUCACGGACAAUACCGCAAAGACUUGCGCGCACUGCAGAACCGAAGAGAACACGUCGGACCACUGA